AUGUCCUCCGACGUGAACGCCGCGCAAACAGCCGACAAUUAUUCGAUGGUUGACAACGAAAGUGAUGACUUGGUUGAGGUUUUUCCGUCGGCUCGUGCUUGUGUCUCCUCUGGUGAGCCGUCGUUAGAUGGAUCGAUUGAUGAUGAAAGAGGAGCCCUCUCCGAUAGCGACAUUACUCACGCUGCUCGGACUCAGACUAUCGCUACUCAAGUGAAGGGUCCGUCCAGUGAUUACCUCGAGAGCAGUUGUCGACUGGAGCACGAGGCACGCGAACGAGGCGAUGACUGGGAAGACAUGCUUGGAAGUGGUGAGCUGUACAAAAAGACAUUGAAGAACGGGACAGGCCAUCACAAAGUCCGAGAUGGACAAUGGAUUACCGUUAAGGUAGUAGACACAUUGCGGGGAGUCGACUCGCAUGAUUUGCUCACGUUCAUCACUGGAUUUUCAAUGGUGGUAGAUGCCUGGGAAUUGGCCGCAAAACUGAUGGUGGAAGGAGAAAUUUGUGCCCUUCGAACGUCGUCUCGAUUCGCGUAUGGAGAGAAUGGACUGAAUAAGACAAUCGGACCCAAUCAGCAAAUGGAAUAUACGAUUGAAAUUCUGAAAAUUGGUGACUCCCCAAAAUACAUGCAAAUGGCCGAAGAUGAGCUCUGCGAUUUUGUGUUGAUGCUGAAAGAUCGAGGAAAUUUCUACUUUUCGCGAAAGGAAUAUGAGAAAGCAAUCUUUGUUUAUAAAAGAGCGCUUACAAUUGUUGAUACACCAGAAGAAAGUGAGGGUUUAAGAAAAUUAUUCUCGUCAAUCAACUCGAAUCUUGCUGUUUGUUACUCAAAGAUAGAUGAAUGGACGUUGGUUGAAGAACACGCAUCGACAGCUAUCUCUCUUCACGCACUCAACACAAAAGCAUAUUUUCACAGAGCACUUGCUUAUGGUCAACGCGGUGAGAUUGAUCGAGCGCUGGCCGACUUGCGAGCAGCUUUAAGUAUUGAGCCAAAUGAAAAGUCUCUGCAACGGGAGAUCGAACGGGUAAUGUCGAAGAAGAAAGAGGCUCGUGAAAAAGAAAAACUUAUUUUCAAGAAAAUGGUGGCCGGUUUAUCGACAGAAGACUAUGCAACUCCAUCAAGAUCCCUUCUCGCAUCAGCUCGUCUGUUUCUCUCAUCUCGUCUCCAUCUAGCCGUCCUAUCGUUCUUCAUCGUCAUGUUGGCCUUAUUUCUUCACUUUCUUCUUCAACUUUGG